UCAUUGGUUUCUUAUGAUCCAAAGCCCUCCCAUCGUAGAUGGCUAUGGCUACAGAGCCUCCUCCAACCACCACAGCUCGUCCACUAUCUCAAAAUCCCAAUAGAACCUCCCUUGCUCACCUCCUCGACACCAAGUGCCACCGCUCCUUCCCUCUCCUCAAGCAAGCCCACGCCAUUCUCAUCAAACAAGGCCUCUCCCAAGACAACUACCUGGCCGGCUCCCUCGUGAGAAAUUAUGCCAAUCCUGGAUUCUCCAGCUUCGACUCUGCAGUCAAAGUGUUCGACCAAGUGCCUGACCCCCAUGCCUUCUUGUGGAAUGCCUUGAUCAGAGGCUCCCUCGAUAACCAUAUUCCACGCAAAGCCAUCUCCUUCUACUGCAGCAUGAUGGCACAGGGUUCCACACCCAACAAGUUUACCUUCCCAUCCCUCUUCAAGGCAUGCACUGCUGCCAAGGCUCUUCAAGCAGGAUGUCAGUUGCACGCCAGUGCUGUCAAGUAUGGACUCGAGCAAGAUGGGUAUGUAGUAAGUGCUGGAAUUCAGAUGUAUGCUGCCUUUGGUAUGCUGAUUGAAGCACGCCGAAUGCUUAUUGCGGGCAAUGGAUCGGACCCUGUGUGUUGGAAUGCAAUGAUAGAUGGGUACAUGAGAGAAGGAGAACUAGAGGCAGCAAGAGAUUUGUUUGAUGUCAUGCCUUGCAGAAACAUUGGAUCAUGGAAUGCAAUGAUCUCUGGGUAUGCAAGAAAUGGUAUGAUCAAAGAAUCAAGAGGAUUAUUUGAUAAGAUGCCACAAAGAGAUGAGGUUUCUUGGAGCGCCAUGAUUGAUGGUUACGUGCAUUGUGAUCAUUUUGCGGACGCUCUGGCUACAUUCCAAAAGAUGCUAAGGGAGGGUAUUAAACCAAAGAAGUUUGUUUUCUCGAGUGUACUUGCAGCUUCUGCCAAUGUGGGUGCACUGGAGCAAGGCAGAUGGAUCCAUGCUUAUAUUGAACGGAACUCUGUUCAUGUUGAUGCUGUUCUUGGGACAUCUUUGGUUGACAUGUAUGCGAAAUGUGGUCGUCUGGACUUGGCAUCAGAGGCCUUUGAGAAAACUGCAACCAAAGAAAUUUUCUCAUGGAAUGCCAUGAUUGGAGGGUUUGCGAUGCAUGGCCAUGCAAGGGAGGCCAUUGAGCUUUUCUUCCGAAUGGAAAGGGAGAAGUUUAGGCCAGACAUGAUAACCUUUGUAAAUGUGUUGAGUGCAUGUUCACAUGGUGGAUUGGUGAAAGAAGGCAAGCAAUUCUUUAAUUUAAUGAAGCAAGAGUAUGGCAUGACACCUAAAGUAGAGCACUAUGGGUGCAUGGUGGACCUUUUAGGCCGAGCAGGGCUAUUUAGGGAGGCUGAGGAGAUGAUAAAUUCAAUGCCUAUCACGCCAAAUGCUGCUGUAUGGGGAGCUCUGUUAAAUGCCUGCAGGAUUCAUGGAAAUGCACAAUUGGCUGAGAAGGUUGGAAAUAUCUUGCUUGAAUUAGAGCCAGAGAACAGUGGCCGAUACACUCUGUUGUCGAAUAUUUAUGCAAAAGCAGGGAGGUGGAAUGAUGUUUCGAAAGUGAGGAAGUUGAUGAAGGAUCGAGGAGUAAAAACUAUUCCAGGGAGCAGCUUAAUAGAAUUGGAUGGCAUGAUUCACAAAUUUAUUGUAGGAGAUUGUACACAUCCAAGUACAAAGGAGAUUAACUUGAUGAUAGAGGAGAUGUUGGAACGGUUAAAAUUAGAGGGUUAUGCUCCAAACACCAGCCAGGUGUUGUUUGAUAUUGAUGAGGAGGACAAGGAGACUGCACUUAGCUACCACAGUGAGAAGCUUGCCAUUGCAUUUGGGUUGCUUAAUACCACACCUGGGACAACCAUUAGAAUUAUGAAGAAUUUACGUGUAUGUGAGGAUUGUCACCUCGCAAUAAAACUAAUCUCACGUGUGUACGACAGGGAGAUUGUUGUAAGAGAUCGUGUCCGCUACCAUUGUUUUAAAGAAGGGAAAUGCUCUUGCAUGGACUUUUGGUGAACUUAGAGAUGCACCAAGGCCAAGAGUCGGAUUGCCAUCACUGUGACUGUUACUGAGCUAUGUAGGUGGUGCAAAGGAAGUAAUCAAUAUUGCAAUGACAAGCAUCGCUAUGACUAGUAUCGAGCUGUGAAGGUGAUGCAAAGAACCAAUAUUGCAAUGACCAGGUCAAAAAAGAGCAUGCUACUACUGUCAUCAUAAUGGAAAAUAUAGAUUAGGAAGGAUGUCUAGGGUUUUGCCUCCAGAGUGUAUGACAGCUACUGUUGCUUCUACUAAUACUGUGUCUAUCUGUGAAAAAUAAUUUUGCUACAGAAUGUAUAACAAUGACCUGUGACUUUUAAAGUUCACAGUCAAGCAAUUUACACAUCAUCAGACAUUUAAAACUGCAAGUUUUUGCAACA